AUGAAUGGAGACAAUAAAGGAACGAGUGGAUCUUCACCAUUUGGGAACUUUAGCGAAAGUGCAUUCAAUUCUGGAGCUAACCAAACGGCUACCGCUGGACAAGACACCAAAAAUAAGCCAUCGACCUCCAUGUUCGGUAAUACUGCUAAAACUGGAACAACUCCAAUGUUUGGUUCUACAGGGACUGCGAAUAAGGGUGCUUUCACAGGGUUUGGUACAGCCUCAUCUACAUUCGGUAGUAUGGCAAACGCAUCAACCUCAAAUACCGAUGGAAAGACAGGCACUACAGGAUUUAGCUUUGGCAACGCAGCUAACGCAAAACCUGGGGCUGAAACUGCAACCAAUGACUCAAAUAAACCAAAUACCUUUGCACUUGGAAAUUCUUCCACGCCAGCUUCCGGUACUCUCUUUGGCAAUAAAUCUGGAUCAACCGCCACACCAAUGUUUAACAUGGGAGGUGCAACAUCUGCUGAUAAGAUUUCUAACCCAGCCUCCACCUUUUCGUUUGGAGCUUCUGACAAGAAGGAUGAUUCGAAGCCUGGAUUUUCAUUUAAUCAAAAUACGGGAGGGAACCAACCAAGCACCACAGAAACAAAUAAACCAGCAUUCUCCUUUGGAGCAACAAGUGAUGGAAAAGAUUCUGCUGCUAAGCCAACUUUGAGUUUUGGAACAGCUCCAGGCACAAACGAUUCUACAAAACCAUUCUCUUUUGGAACAAGCACUGGAGCUAAAGAAUCAACAUCGACACCUGCUUUUACUCUGGGAGGAGCUAAAGAGGCACCCAACACAACUCCUUCAUUUUCAUUAGGAAGCGCUAGUAACGACAAAAACUCUGCUUCGAAGCCUGGGUUUACACUUGGUGCAACCCUUGGGACUCAAACAGAUAAAAACAACACUGAAACAAAACCCGCCUUUAGUUUUGCUUCCACUCCUACAGAGGAUACUACCAAAAGUGCGUCAUCUAUAUCACUUCCUUCAAAUAAUGGUGAUACCGCCAAACCAGCUUUUUCAUUCUCAAGUAAAUCUACAGAAGAUAAAUCAACCAAUGAAAGCUCUACAACAAAACCAACCCUUUCUUUCGGGGCAAAACCUGAAGUUAAAGAGACUACAGAUACUAAGUCAUCCACAGUUACUAUGCCAGCAUUUUCUUUUGGAGAGAAACCGAGGGAGGGUACCGGUAAUGCACCAACUUUUUCAUUAGGUAAAAAACCAGAAGAACAAGAUAAAGCAGCUGCCGCUCCAAGUUUCUCAUUGGGCAAAAAGUCAGAUGAAAAUGGUAGUGCAACUCCAGCUCCAGCAUUUUCAUUUGGAAAGAAACCUGAAGAAAAGGCAAACGCUACGUCUGCACCAACUUUCUCUUUAGCUAAAAAAGCAGACGAAAAAGACAGUACGACUGCUGCUCCAGCGUUUUCAUUUGGAAAGAAGUCAGAAGAAAAGGAUUCAGCUGCUAAGGACACAUCGACAAAAACAGGUUUCUCAUUUGGUAAUAAAGCUGACGAGAAGAAGCCCGAGGGUACCACUCUGAAAAAGGAAGAUAUCAAAUCUAACGUCUCCGAAAAGACUUUUGAAAAUUCUACCAAGACUGGAGGUCUUGAUACGAAACCAGUGGAACUAAAACCAGUUUCACUUGACAAUAAGACCUUGGACGAUCUAAUAACAAAAUGGACAAAUGACUUAACAAAAGCGGCUGUUCACUUCGAUGAGUAUUCAAAGAAGAUUAAUUCUUGGGAUCAGAUGCUAGUAAAGGGCGGUGAACAAGUAAGCCAGUUAUAUUCUGACACAUUGGCUACGGAACAAACUCAAAAUAGAAUAGAUCAAUCGUUACAAUAUAUUGAAAGGCAGCAGGAUGAAUUAGAGAUAUUUUUAGAUAACUAUGAAAGAAAGGCCGACACUUUAUUAUCUGACAUUUUAUCAACAACUGCUGUCAAUACCGCAAGCAAUAACGACCAGAAGAGGCAACAGGCGUAUCACACUGCAGAAACUCUUGAUGAAAACUUAAGUGCUCUCUCUUCAAACCUAUCCUCAUUGAUAAAUGAAAUUAAUGAUGUUAGCAACAGUUUCAACAAGGCAACAAGUAUCAAUUUAGGAAACAAAGAUGAAAACUCUCAAUUGAUGAAAUUAUUGAAUUCACAUUUAGACGCAUUGAAAUCGUUAGACGACAAUUCGUCCUUAUUAGAACAAAAAAUCAAAUCAUUCUCUAAAUAA